AUGUACGCGAACGUCCCCUUCACGUUCGUCAGUCCACCGCGCUUCAACACGGCGGUGCCGAAGUCGCUCACCUUGGCGCGGCCGUCGCGGAACAGCACGUUCUCAGGCUUGAGGUCGCGGUGCACGAUGCGCUUGCCGUGCAGGUAUGCGACGGCGCCAAUCACGUCGCACAGCAUCGACUGGACCUGCUCCGCGGAGCGAAGCCCGCCGUGUGCGAUGAGUUCGCUCAGCGAUCCGUCGGAGCAGAGUUCCAUGAAGAUGGACACGCAGUUGUCGUCGCGCUCGCAGAAGAGGUACUGCACGAUGUUGGGGUGGCUGAGCGAGCUCAUGAUCUCCACCUCGUGCGCGAUCUCCUUGAGCUGGCUGUCGUGCCCGUGCGGCUCGCCCUCGCGGUCGUCGCGCAGGUACAUCCGCUUCACCGCGCAGCGCGCCCCCGUCACCUCCAUCUCCGCCUCGAAGACGUUGCCGAACGCACCCCCACCGAGGCGGCGGCCGAGCGUGUACGGCGGCACCUUGAAGCGCUUGGACGGGCGGAAAAUGCUGACGCUGUUCAUCUCCUCGUCGACGCCAAUGCCGGAGAAGAGCAGCACCUCCACGUCGCGCAAUGUCAGCGGCAUCUCGAGGCGGGAGGCGUACGGCACCUCCACCGGCAUCAUGCUCAGCGCGGCAGCGAAGAAGAAGACAGGGCGGCGGUCGUGCAGCAGCCACGACAGCGCAACACGCAGUUGUGCCGCGUCAAGGUCGGGGGCAUGCAGCAGCAGCACCUUGAAACGCUCUGACCCGCGGCGGAAGGCCUCAUCGAGGGCCUCAAGCGUGGGCCGCUGCAACACAAGGAAGUUAGAGCUCCACAACAUGCGCAGAACAUCGUCCAGCAUGUUGCUGCGGCUGCGACAGUACAUGAGUGCCGUGAUGGCAAGGGCGUCUACGCCGCUGCCCAUAAUACUGUCCCGCAUCACCCGCGACGAGAAAAGAGUGAGCUGGCCGGAGCCGUGGGACGUCCCCACCCAGCCAUCAGCCCCUAGGAAGGAACCUUGGUCACGUGAACCCAGUGUAGGGGCCGUGUCCGUGAUCUCUUUGUCCUCUGCAUAG